UUUCUCCAUUUUUCUGUCAACAUCUUCCUCCUUGAGAGUUUCAGUCGUAGACAAAGUUUAUAGGUUGCCAGAAAUAACAUUUCUGCAUCAACUUGCACAAGUUUAGAGAAUUCUUACCACUUUAUAUUUUCCAUGGGAGUAUCACAAUGGAUUGGAAAAUAACAGCUACCAUAUUCUUGUCAGUGUUAAAAGCUGCGCUCUGUUUCAAUGUUGAUCCUGUGGCCUGGAAGUCCGUCACCAACAAUGCUGCAGGCUUUGGAUACCAGGUGGUGCAGAGAGGAUCAGACUUACUAGUCAGUGCUCCUCUUGAACAGUCUUCACCCAGUGAACGGGGGACCAUAUAUAAGUGCGCCACCUCCACCGCUUCAUGGUCUCCAUUCUCCUGCAGCAAACUACCAGUUGCACUGCCAGAAUUUGCAGUCAACGCGUCCCUUGGUUUGACAAUGGCAGUAGAUCCCACACAAAACACUAUGGUAUGCGGUCCAACAAUACCAAAGGACUGCCAAAGUAUCACCUUGUACAACGGUGUCUGUGUUCAGAUAGACCGUUAUAAUCGUGUUGGAGGUCCUGUGCCUUCUUCUCUUGAAGGGUGCCGGGCUGAAGCAGACAUUGCAUUUCUGCUGGAUGGCUCCGGCAGCGUAGCAAGACCAGAUUUUGAAAGAAUGAAGGAAUUUGUGAAAGCUCUGGUCGGGUCAUUUGUGGGAAAAGACACAAAGUUUGCCAUUGCCCAGUUCUCCACAAACCCCUACAUCCAUUAUUACUUUGAUACAUUUGAUAUUAAUAACUGGCAAUAUCAAAUUAAUGCAAUAAGACAGUUUAGUGGAUUGACUUACACAGCUGCUGCCAUCAGACAUGUUGUUGACAAUGUCUUCACAGCAGGAAGAGGUUCCAGGCCAAAAGUGAAGAAGGUUCUGAUAGUCAUUACAGACGGACAAUCUAAUGACCGGAGUAACUUACAAGACUCAGCAAAUUCAGCUGAGAGUAAAAAAAUUGUUCGAUUUGCUAUCGGGGUGGGGGAUGCAUUUACUGUAGCCGGUGCAAAAGCGGAACUGGAGACCAUUGCAUCUUCUCCCUCACAAGACCAUGUGUUUCAAGUGGAGAGCUUUCAAGCACUUGAAAAAAUAAGACAGAAUUUGCAGGAGAAAAUCUUCUCUAUCGAAGGAUCUCAAACAAGUGGAGCGACACUGAAAAUGGAAAUGUCUCAGGAGGGAUUCAGAGCAGCUUAUUUGCCUGGGGGAUUUCAGAUGAGUGUUGUUGGUGCCAACCAGUGGAAGGGAGGCUUCCUGCAAUACACCAGCACUGGCAUGAGAGGGAGGCCUUACGUGCCUGAUUAUAUGGAGACUGACACUUAUCUGGGUUACUCCAUGGCAGUUGCCAACACGAGGGAAGGCCCACUGACAAUUGUUGGUGGUCCGAGAUACAAACACAGAGGAGUUGUGAUGACAGUUGAGGCAAGAGGACAAGUCAAAAAGAUUGAUCCCCAUCCAUGGAAGUAUCAGAGCGGUGAAUACUUUGGGGCAGAGGUUUGUGCCAUGGAUGUUGAUCGUGACUCCUUCACUGACCUGGUCUUCAUAUCUGCCCCUAUGUUCGUGGACACUGACAGAGAGGGAAGAGUUUACGUUUGUGAAUUAUCUGGUUUGAAUGUCGAUUGCCACUUAUAUUCUCCAUCAGUAUUAAGAGGGGCCGCAUCUGACAAAGGAAGAUUUGGCUCUUCUCUUGCCGUGCUGCCUGAUCUUAACAGGGAUGGUUUCAGUGAUUUGGCCGUUGGAGCUCCUUUGGAGAAUGACGGUCAAGGCAGCAUCUACAUAUUUCACGGCGAAGGAGGAGGAAGAAUCAGUCUUUCUUAUUCACAGAGAAUUGCUGGCCCUGAAGUCAAGUCAGGGCUGAAGUUCUUCGGCAUGUCAAUCAGUCAGUCAUCUUUUGACCGUAGUGGGGAUGGUUUGCCCGACUUAGCGGUGGGUUCAAAGGGCACAGUUGUCUUACUCAGAUCAAAGCCCAUAGUGAUGGUGGAAGCUAAGGUGUCAUUCAGCCCAAACCAAAUCUCGACUCAGAACUCAGACUGUGUAACACCUUUGAGGAUCAUAGCUAAAAUAUGCUUCACCAUAACCAGACACUCUGAAGUAGAACAAGCUCGAGCAAGGAUUAACUUUACUUUAACACUGGAUGCCACCCGGAAGGUCCCAAACAACCGAGCUUACAUCAGUGAGAAACAACGAGUGCAGACCGGAUCAACGGAUGUUAUCUUAGGACAGCCUCCUCGGUGCGUUAAUGUGAACUUCUUUGUUGAGGCUUGUCCAGAAGAUGCUCUUAACCCACUCUCCAAUGAGCUCAAAUUCACAUUUGAUGGUUUGCCCUCUGACACAAAUCUCAGACCAAGUCUCUCCCAGCAGGCUCAGACAACAACCAUUCAUCCUUUAGGGUUCGAAAUCAACUGCGGCACUGACAACAAAUGUGUAGACCAACUGAAAGUGGAUUUCAACUUUACCAGCUCCUCAAUUGUUAAAGUGGGCAUUGAUCAACUGUUGAAUGUCACCGUCUCAGUGGAGAACACCGGGGAGGACUCUUACAACAGCCGUGUCAUUGUGACAUACCCAUAUGGACUCUCCUAUAGGAAGUUUACAGCUGUGCAGGGAAGAAUCGAGUGCAGCUCCCUGGACAGUGAAGAUGGCUUGUCGCGAGGGAAGACAGACUGCACUGUUGACAAGCCUAUUUUCAAAAGCAACACUAAGGCGAUCUUCAUCAUCUCCUAUGGGAUUGAAACCAAUAGUCAACUUGACAAGAGGAUUUCUGUCACUGCAAAUGCUACCAGUGGGAAUCUGGAGCACUCCAGCUCAAGCCAAUUCUACAAAAUGCAAGAGAUUGAUGUGAAGUACAGCAUUUUUGUUACAAUGCAAAGUUCCCUCAGCUAUACCAACUUCACUUACGGACACAAUGAUUUGCAGAAACCAUUCAAACAAUCAAUUAUGGUUGUAAAUGAUAUCAGAGAACUGAAUUUAACUGUGGUGAUCAAGGUGCCAAUAAAGCUCGGUGCUAAAGACAUCUGGGUGGAUUCCAGCAGUUUGCAGUUUCCAGACUGCCAACCAGACAAAGAUGAGGGACCUCGUGUCACAGACUUUGUAGCUCAAAUAAAGAAAGAUAAGAUAGUGGGCUGCUCUGUUGCAACGUGCAAAGUGUUCAGGUGCACCAGGUUCAUGGGAAAACAGGAGACAAAAACUUACGAUAUCUCUGCCAACCUUAGCUCUGGAUGGAUAGAGCAGAUUGGACUUCAAUCUGCCAAAUUCAUCUUGACCAGCACUGCCAGUCUGGAGUACGACAACAACCAGUACAUCUACUUUUCAACAUCGUCUAAUAACAACCCUCCUGUUCACAAGACUGAGGCAGAGGUGGAGGUGUAUCCUGAACCAGACUUUACUAAAGAGAUUGUUGGAGGAACCCUCGGAGGGUUGGCAUUACUGGCUUUGAUUACCGCAGGCCUGUAUAAGGCUGGAUUUUUCAAGAGUAAAUACAAGCAGAUGAUUCAAGAUGAUGCAGCAGCAGAUCCAGGGGUUGAUGGUGAUGUACCAGAACCAGAAGCAUAAAAUGAUGGCUGAUGCAGCCGACCACAAAGCAACACACCUGUUCCAUCACUGUGGUGCUGUCAUCUCUGAUAGGCUUGGCUGUGUCUGAUAUCACUAUCUUGUUCAUUGUUUCCUAACACAGAGAUUCUCAAAAUUUUCCCAACAAGUGGUCACAAGUUAGGAAGUUAAAGUAAGUGAAUACAGCAUAGUCUUACAUCUUCAGCAUUGGGCAGAAAGUCUCAAUGCAUUUAUGGUGAACAGACUACUUCUCCACAUUUUGUCCACUGUAAAGGGCCACUUUUACUGUAUUUCUUUUUUUUAACAUAGGCUUUACAAAAAGCAUUUUUUUUAUCCAUUUCUAUUGCUAAAUCUUUUAGAAUUUGUUUUAUAGUGAAAAAAAAACCCAGUCAGAUCUGGUUGCUCUGUUUUUUGUCACAUAUUGCAAUAUAAAACUGCUGAAAUACAAAACUUUGUGCUGAAUGCCUGCUCACUUGGAAAAAUCACUAUUUAAUGCAACCUUUAUCGACACUGUGAACUGCUUUACUUUGUGAAUAAAUUCUGAAAUAUGCA